UGAUAUAGUAUAAAUAUGAAUCCGGUUAGUUCUUAGGCACUGGAGCUUCUUCUCCUCCCCGAUUAGUUUCACCCAGCUACUAUUGUACACGAUGGCUCCGAGAAUCCUACUAUGCGGCGACGUUAUGGGCUGCCUCAACCAGCUCUUCAAGCGUGUUUCAUCUGUCAAUAAAUCGGCUGGUCCCUUCGAUGCGCUUUUCUGCGUGGGUCAAUUCUUCCCGGAGUCUUCCGACCAGCUGGACGAGUUCAUGGACUACAUUGAGGGUCGAGCGCAGGUUCCUCUUCCGACUUACUUCAUCGGCGACUAUGGCUUCGGUGCGCCUAAAGUUUUAUUAACAGCUUCUAAGGAGCCGGCAAACUGUGGCUUCAAAAUGGAUGGCUUGAAGGUUUGCGAGAAUUUGUAUUGGUUGAAAGGCAGUGGCAAGUUCUCCCUCUUGGGGUUAUCUAUUGCCUACUUAUCCGGUAGACAAUCAUCAGAUGUUCAACAGUAUGGAGUUUACAGCCAAGAUGAUGUUGAUGCUUUGAGAGCAGUAGCUGAGGAACCUGGAAUAGUCGACUUGUUCUUGACUAAUGAAUGGCCUAGUGGGGUCACAAAUAGAGCAAAUGCUUCAGACGUUCCUGCUGGACUUUCAGAUUCCAUGGGGAGUGACUCAACCGUAGCAGAGUUGGUGGGAGAGAUUAGACCACGCUAUCACAUUUCAGGUACUAAAGGUAUUUACUAUGCUCGUGAACCUUAUUCUAAUAUUGAAGCCGUGCAUGUGACUCGUUUCAUAGGGCUUGCUUCUGUUGGAAAUAAAGAUAAGCAGAAAUUUAUUCAUGCAAUUUCUCCCACGCCUGCAUCCACCAUGUCCUCAACUGAGAUUGCCACGAAAACCACCAAUACCACCUUAUCGCCAUACACAUUUGUGGAGAAAGGAAGUUCUCCCAAGGACACCACAAAGAGAUCCAGUGAUAGUGUCUCUGAUUCUCAAUAUUGGAGAUAUGAUGUUUCUCAAAAGCGACAGCGACAUGGAGCUGGAGAUGGUGAUAAAUUGUGUUUUAAAUUCUUGUCCUCUGGUUCUUGUCCAAGGGGACAAAAGUGCAAUUUUCGACAUGAUUUUGAUGCUAGGGAGCAGUACAUUAGAGGUGUUUGUUUUGAUUUCUUAAACAAAGGGAAAUGUGAAAGGGGUCCAGAUUGCAGCUUUAAGCACAGCUUGCAACAUGAAGGGGAGAAUUAUGCUGACAGGAGGCCAAGAUCUGAAAAUUCUAGUUCUAAAAGGUCAAAAGAGUGCUGGUUUUGCUUGUCAAGCCCCAAUGUGGAGUUACAUUUGAUCACUAGCAUUGGUGAAAAUUACUAUUGUGCAUUGGCUAAAGGUCCAGUAGUUGAAGAUCAUGUACUACUAAUACCAGUUGAGCAUUUGCCAAAUACAUUGUCACCGUCAGCAGAACACGAAGUUGAGCUUAGUAAAUUCCAGAACAGCCUAAGGAUGUACUACAAGAGUCAAGGAAAGCAAGUCAUCUUUUUUGAGUGGGUUUCCAAACGUAGUAGUCAUGCCAAUCUUCAGGUUGUUCCUAUUCCAAGUUCCAAAGCAGCACUGGUUGAAAAAAUAUUCAGUUUAGCAGCAGAAAAGUUAGGAUUUAAAUUUGUGGCUAAGAAAUUUGAUAGCGAUUCUGAUGGAAGAAAAUUUUUGAGGGCACAAUUUGAUGGAAAUUCAAGUUUGUUCUAUGUUGAACUACCAGGAAGCACGAUAUUGUUGCAUCAGAUUGAAGAUAAUGAGAAAUUUCCUUCCCAAUUUGGUCGUGAGGUUGUAUCAGGCUUGCUUAAUAUAGCGGAUAAGGCAGAUUGGAGGAAUUGCAAAUACAGCAAGGUGGAAGAAACAAAAAUGGUUGAAGAUUUUAAGAGUCGAUUUCAAGAAUUUGAUCCAAACUGUUGAUCAUUCAUUCACCAAAUUCUCUAUGUACAACCACCACACCAUCAUGAUCAUUGUGGUUCUAAGUCUUGGUAAUAUGUCGAUUGCUUGAGAUGCUGCAUGUUUGACUCUCACAAUCAGCUAAAUUUGAACGUUUUACCUUCUAUAAUUUCUGUUUAGGUGAUUUCAUGAUCACAUUGGACGUGAUUUGAUUACUUGGUAUUACCAGUCCUAUGGUCAUAUUCACCUUCAUUAGGCUGAUUGUCUGUAACUUGUGCCUCUCCAAACGUGGGUGAAGUUUGAUGUGCAACCUUACGCACACUGCUUACUUAAGGUGGGAGUGGUCCAUGGUGCUGGACUGCUGAAGUUCAUAUCUUAGUAUUCUACUUGCAUACAGUGGAUAAUAAGCAGUUGUCAUGAUCUUGAAACUUCCCUCACAAUCUUUAGCUUGCGGAGGAGCUUUGUUAAUGCAUAGAUACACACAGGUUGGAUGUCCAACUGCUCUAUACAAGAAGUUGAUAAUGGUUUAUUUGUUGGGAAAGAUAGGGAGGCUCAGGUUUUGGAGGUGGUUGUUUCCUCAGCUAAAUAUGUAACUUGUUAUGGAUCUUACAAAAUUUACACUUGCAGUGAACUAGAAUUUGUAUUUGUAAUGUGCAACUUACAAAUAGAGAAUUUUCUUAGAGUUCAUAA